AUCACAUACCUUGUUAUCCGAGCGUGGUGGCUGUAAUACCAGAUCUGAUGGCCAUCGUGCUCGUCAUCCGACGGUCUACGACAUGUCCGAUAUGACUCAAGGAUCGGUCGUCUCAUUCCGUGUGUGCAACUGCAACCAGGAGCUCCGCCACUCCCUCCCCAUGGCCGUCGCCGCCGUCCGCCGCCUACUCCGUCCCACCUCCUCCGCCGCCCUGUCCAGUGCCGGCCGCCUCCUCUCCUCCACCGCUUCUCCACCGCCCAACCGCAGCCCCAACACCAACAGCCCCGUCUCCUUCGACUGGUCCGACGACGACGAGAGCCCCGCCGAGCCUCCACCGACGUCCCCGGCAAAGAACCCCGCUCCGCCGCCGCCCUACGAACCCUUCAGCAAGAACCCCGCUGCGGCCGACCCGGUCGACCCCACCAACCUUCAGGAGAUCUUUCACAGGAUGCGCACCGGAGGCCUCACCGACUAUGCCAUCAAGAUGUUCGACGGAUUGUCCAAGGACGGGCUCACGCACGAGGCGCUGGCCCUCUUCUCUGUCAUAAGGGACAAGGGCGCCAUGCCCGACGUCGUCGCCCACACCGCCGUCCUCGAGGCCUACGCGGCCGCCGGCCCCGCCCGCUGGCGCGACGCCGUGCGCACCUACAACCGCAUGCUCUCCGGCGGGGUCGCGCCCAACGCUUACACCAUGGCCGUGCUUGUCAAGGGGCUCGCGGCGGGCGACCGGUGCGCUGAGGCACGCAAGUACCUGCUGGAGAUGCUCGACCGGGGGAUGCGCCCCAAUGUCGAGACUUGCCUUGCUGCCUUCGAGGCGCACGUCAGGAUGGACAAGGUCGAAGAGGGGAAGGCGCUGCUCGAGAUGAUGAAGAAGAAGGGGUUCACGUUGGACGAGGAGGCAGUGCGCGGCGGCACCGUCAAGCGGGGGCAUGUCUUCAGGGCUGUCAUGAACAUGCUCUUUGGGAAGCCAUCAUAGUUAAUGGGCUGACAGAGUUAAGGAGGUGAUCUAUUUCCAAGGAUUUGGUCUAAAUGAAAGGAUUUUCGUUUCCUUUCUCAAGUCGCAGAAGCCAGUGGCUGUAAUGUGAAAAUUACGAAUAUGAAUAAUAUAGACGCACACCAGCACUAGCUUAAAGCUCACUAUCUGGGGUUUGGAAGUGGUGUAUUGUUUGGUUCGCGUUGUCUUACUAGUCAUACCUACAGCUAUUUGCUAAUCUGAAGUUGCUCUGGUGCACAAUGUUGCUUUAGGUAAUUAUCUAGGGAUGGUUUAUAUAUCUCGGCUCAUUUCCCUACAAGUUGACUGGUUAGUUUAGGUGGACUAUUUAAACAAAAGGUCUUCCUAUUCUAUUCCAUCCUUACUGGUCAAAUCUAGUUAGCUUUGCAUUUAAAGUUGGUUUGAUGCCAUGCAUAUCUUUAGUUCAGGGCCGAGUUUGUUCGAAAAAUAGUAACUUCUAUUGUUAUUGUUGUGAUUCAAUCAUGUGAUUU